AUGGGCCCAGAUCGUGAACCCAAAUCUGUCAGACUUUCGUUGUCGUCCUCCGUUGGUAGCAUGAUAUCCACCACCAGUUCCACAGUGCCCGCCCGCAGCCAGUUCAGCUUCGAUUUGGGUCCCGUCACUCGCGACAGGUCCAGCUGGUCGAUCCGCAGCCGUGUCACCUUCUUCCAUGGAGAAUUGUCCUCGGUGGUGUCCAUCCCCGCAAAUUGCGCAAACUGGUGCUGCCGUUUGUGCAGCGUGAUCAGCGACCCGUUGAUCGACCCGGACAGCGCGUCCGCAUUGAUGAAGUCGUACGUGAUCCAGUUGCGGCGCAGUUUCGGCAGCUUGCAGUUGAAAAUCUCCACCUCCAUCGGAGCGCUCUUUUUCCGUUUCAUCACAAGCUUGAGGUUGUUCACCUCAAACUGCUCGAACUCGUACUGCGGCGAAAACGCCUCGUCCAUCACCUCCUCCGAUAACGUCACCGUCACUGUGUCUAUCUUGAAAGAGUACUUUAAAUGUCCAUUAGCGCCCGAGUUCAUCACCAAAUUCUGGAACUUGAUCAUCCCGUCUUCCCACGAAGCCUUGAAGUCGUUGCCUGUGAUGUCCACCUGUAAUUUGUUGUCUAGGGUGAUCAGUUUCUCCAGAACUUUCUUGUUUAUCUUGCCGUCGGUGAAAAGAUUGCCUGCGUAG